CAUUAGACAGCUUGUAUUUAUCUUCUAGGGAAAGAGGAUAUAUUAGAGGCACAUCAUCGAUCUUCCUUCCCAUUUGCAUAUCUAUUUUAGGUCAUCUCCAUAUUAGGGACCUUCCUUCUUUUCUUGAAUUUCUUGGCAUUGCAUGAUCAUCGUGGAUGGCGAUAAAGACGGCUGACGAAGACGGAGGGGAGAUCUCCAGGAUUGAAGAGGGCGGAUGCAGUACCGUCGCCCCAAAAUGCAAGGAAAAUGGUAGUCUUUGCUCGUCUACCUCGGUUGUUACCAUGGCCCAAAAGGUGAUUGCUGAGGUGAUCGGAACGUUCUUUGUGAUCUUCUCUGGCUGCGGAGUCGUCGUCGUUAACAACCUAUACGGUGGCACCGUAACUUUUCCGGGGAUUUGUGUAACGUGGGGUUUGAUAGUAAUGGUCAUGAUUUACUCGGUUGGUCAUAUAUCCGGUGCUCAUUUUAACCCCGCCGUCACCAUCACUUUCGCCAUUUUCCGGCGGUUUCCUUGGUGGGAGGUGCCCAUAUACAUAGCAGCACAAAUAGUGGGUUCGAUUCUUGCUAGUGGCACCCUAUCCGUAAUGUUCGACGUAACAAGUAAAGCUUACUUCGGGACUGUACCGGUGGGAUCCGAUCGCCAGUCUUUGGCCAUUGAAAUCGUCAUCACUUUCCUUCUCAUGUUCGUCAUCUCCGGCGUCGCCACCGAUAACAGAGCGGUACGAGAACUAGCGGGAAUCGCUGUUGGAAUGACAAUAAUGCUGAACGUAUUCGUUGCCGGGCCUAUUUCCGGAGGAUCGAUGAACCCAGCAAGGAGCAUUGGGCCAGCCAUUGUUAAGCAUGAAUACAAAGGGCUGUGGGUGUACAUAGUUGGGCCACUCUUGGGAGCAAUAGCUGGAGGAUUUGCCUACAACUUAAUCAGAUUCACAGAGAAACCCCUUGGGGAAUUGGCAAAGUCCUCCUCAUUUCUCAGGACCUUAUCUAAGAGUUAAUCACUUCUUGUUUACUACGUUUAUUUUUUUAGGUGGAUUCGUUCACCAUUUUCAGUUCAUGAAAGCAAAACAAAGUUUACAAAUUCUCAUUUAAUUUGACAGCACUGUAUUUUUUCAUUCAAUACAGUAUCCUCAAAGAAUUGGCCUAAUUGUCAAGGUUUGAGAUUUAAGGGCUUAAUUAAUUCCUCUUGGAUUGUGAGUUCGAAA